AGAAGCGUAGGCGUCACAGCGCUAAACCGUAUACGCAUUUCCGAACCGAGUGUAGCCAAAUAGCCGUUCCAGUACUUUGUUUACGUCUCGGUGGUUAGCUGACAGCUGUUGUAGCUUGUUACCUGCCCAAAACAGAUGCCUUGAGCCUUUCAAACUCGAAGCCGGGUGUCCGUGGAUGCUGACCAUGGACUGUUUUGUUGAUUGAGGGCGAGCCGCUCGGAUGCCGACAGGAGGAUGAGCUCCAUCACCGGUCGGGUUCUCGCCUCUGUUACCAACUCUGGAGCUUCAUCAUCCCGAGCCUUGCACGUCGAGCUCACAUCCCAGCAGAGGCGAUUGCGUCAUCUGCGGAGCAUUGCAGCAAGAAACAUCGUCAACAAAAAUGGUUCCCCACUACUGGACACAUACUUCACCCUCCAUCUCUGCAUAGGAGAUCGCAUCUCUAGUGAUUUUUACAAGAGCGAAGUCAUAUGUGACUCACUGAAUCCUACUUGGAGGAGUCUGGACUUUGGCAUGUUGCCGGACCUUCUGGACACCUCAGUGUCUUGCUUCGUGGUAAGGAUCUGGGGAGGACAGGAGGAACAGUACCAGCUCCUCAUAGAAUGGAAGGUUAAUCUGGAUGGCCUCAGAUACACAGGACAGCAGAUUCGAUCUAGGAAUACAAAUGAGAUCAUAUUCGGGUUGAAUGAUGGCUACUAUGCGGCUGACUUUGAUCACAAGGAUCAUUCGGAGCGGAAGAAAAAUAGUCUACUUCACGUUGACCAGAGCUCAGUCAGAAAUUCCUACAGUGUUUUCUCUUUGCUCAGGCUCCACACAGCCCAAAGAGCCAUCAAACAGACCCAAGUUACAGUGCAGAAGAUUGGGAAGGAGAUUGAGGAGAAGCUGAGAACCACAGCAAUGUGCACCGUGCGGAAAAAAGAGCGGGAGUGUAUGCAGCUGCGUUUAGCCGUGCUUCGGAGUGAACUGCAGCGGCAAAGGAAGGCUCUUGGCAGAGAAAUAGAUGUGCGGCAGAAAGACAUGGCGCAGCAUCAGAAAAAAGAGGAAGUGUAUGCUACUCAACAUGAAAGUCUGAAGGAUGAGAGAGAAUCCUUAACCAUGCUGCAUAAGGAAUGUACUGCCAAGAGAGAGCAGUUCCUGAAGUUCAGUGCCCAGCUCACGUUUCGCUGCCGCCAGCUUCUCUCUGAGCUUUCCUACAUUUAUCCCAUCGAUGUGGCAAAUCCACCAGAUUACAUUAUCUGCGGAGUGAAGCUGCCAAAUUCUGAAGACUUUCAAGCAAAGGAUGAUGGGAGUGUGGCAGUUGCCCUGGGCUAUACGGCACACUUGGUCAUGAUGAUCUCGUGCUUCCUGCAGAUCCCGCUUAGGUAUCCAGUCAUCCACAAGGGUUCACGUUCCUCAAUCAAAGACACAAUCACAGACAGACUCACUGAGAAGGAGAGAGAAUUCCCUUUGUACCCCCGAGGAGAGCGAUUUCAUUUUGAAUAUGGUGUCUACUUGCUCAACAAGAACAUCGCUCAGCUGAGAUAUCAACAUGGCUUGACCACCCCAGACCUGCAGCAAACACUUCCCAACCUGAAGAACUUUCUGGAACAUGGCUUGCUUGUCCGAUGGUGCAUCCAGGCUUUUGGAUCCCAGCAGAGAGAGAGAGAGAGAGAGAUUUCCAGGGAGGUGCUUGGGGCAAAGCACGUUUUAUAAAAAUCUGCCCAGCACGUAAAUAGUCCUCCCUGAAGAUUUACGAAAGGCUGGGGUCUCAUCAAUGAGAAGAUUGUCCUGCUGGCUCCACAAGCAGCUUUCGGAAUGGAAAGUGGCUGGUUAAAACAGAACAAAGACCCCAGUGCGUUUUCACACUAACAGCAUGCACAUUUACAUUCUGUGCAAAAUCGAAACCGUUUCAUGAGCUUUGUUGCCCGGUUGCUGGGAGCCAUUCACACCUGUGGACAAUUUAGAGUCUUCAAUUUACCGAAUACGUGUCGUUUGUUACUCAUAUUCAUCAUUCUAUUUUAAUCAUUUUCAUUCCAUUUUUAAGAAUGAUGAUGAUAUCACUUUCAGUUACUGUCUCUUAGUAAGGUGUGUGGCAAUCAUUUUGACCUAAAUGAUCAAAUAUGGUUCCUUUCCCUGUAAAGAGCCACGCAAAACUGAAAUGCAUAUGGUAUUCAGCAACAAAUCAGGCAGACAUUUGUCAAAACGUGGUUAAGAUUUGGUCCGGUGUUGGACUGUGAGUCGAGUUGUUCAUCUCAGAAUCAGAAUCAGAAUCAUCUUUAUUUGCCAAGUAUGUCCAAAACACACAAGGAAUUUGUCUCCGGUAGUUGGAGCCGCUCUAGUACAGCAGACAGUCAAUUUACAGAACACUUUGGAGACAUAAAGACAUUGACAAAAAACAAUUGUGCAAAAAAAUGCAGAGUCCUCUAGCACUUAGAGCAGUUCGAAUGACUAAUAUUGCAAUAGUCCGGUGCAACGACCACUGUGCAAAGGGCGCUGAGACUUCAAGGAGUGUAUGCAGUUUAAAGUGACGAGUAGUGCGAUAAUCUGGGACAAUGGUUGUGCAAAUGUUACAGAUACUCCUCAAUCAGUGUGCAAAUGGAGCAGAUGCUACUCUGGCAUGAGUGGCCAGUAUAUGCAAAUAGUGCAGCAUGGCGAGACAACUACAGUGAGUGCACGAGAAAUACAUAAUAGAGGUCAUUGCUGCUGUUUUAUAACUGUCCGAUGGUCAUUACUGCAUGGAUCCAGUAAUAAUUCUGCCAUGUUAUUUGUGCUAUUGUUCUGCAUGCGUACAUGUAAUUACUGUCGUUACUGCUCUAUGAGGAUUUGAGGAAGCAUGACUUUCAUGGGUUUUCUUGUUUCAUGGUCUGACUUGAGUUCACUGAUUUCAAAAGGAGUCAAAUAAUGUUUUCCCCCUAUUCUUACAGUGAGCUGCACUGCGCUGUAACUACAUAAAAUUACAGUGGCUUCUUUGGAGUUUCUGCACAUAAUUUUCAGUCCGCCCACGACUAAUUGGCAUUCAGUCAUGCCCUUAUUAUCUGUGUCCUUUCUGUUCUCUAUUAGAACUACGUGUCUCUAAAUGUUGAUGUGUCACACGACUAAGAAGGUGUGAAGAAAUGGUUUUGUAGUGUUUUGUGUCUGUCUCUUUUCUGAGUUCACCUCACCUUGGCAUUCAAACGACUUCAACUGAAUCCACAAGUGGUCUAUUCUCCACCGGGUUUCUGCCGUCAUGAGACCAGCAAUGCAGUUUUUGGAACAUUUUUAGGCAAGAACCGAGCCAGGAAUCCUAUGAGCUCUAAUAGAUUUGACGUAAUGCUGCUGGCUCUGUAAUUGCUAUCAAACACGUUUGGUUCUUGGCCUUAAAUCACUUAUUUCUACCAUAGUGACUGCAUUUCCAGAUUACAGCAAUUAUCUCAGUUAGUGUUGUCUUAAUCAUGGGCAGCAAGACUAAAGGGCUCAUCAAACUUUUUGCUUGGAGGGAUCCUUCCAAAAUGGAUGUAUCAAAGGGAAUGCGAGACUCCUUAAUUGUGUUGAUGUAGCACACAAUGGAACGAUCUAGGGAGUGUGCAUCACUAGCCCCUAUUUACAUGUCUUGUUUUGGGCAGGGAGUGUUGCACUUCUGUUUUGCCACGCAUGGAAGCAUGACGUUGCAUAAGAAUGUGACCUGAUGCCGGAAACCGGAGUGCCCGGAGAGGACAUGUAAACUCCACACAGGUGAGGCCGGGAAUUGAACCCCUGUCCUCAGAACUGUGAGGCAGAUGCGCUAACCUGACCCUCACCGUGCCGCCAAGUGACAAUUUGACCUUCCAAGUGAUUAUUCCUUUUUCAUUUUUUUUCCUAUUGGAAAUGAACAGCUACAAAUUCAAACAAACCAAAGGUCAACCAGCAUCUCAGAAAAAAAUGUUGACCUUAGAGGGUCUACCAUAACUUUUUGAGGUUUAUUUUAAUGUGUUUUUUUUUUUUUUGCUCUGAGAGCACCAGAUGGUCAACAGUUGAUGUUUUAGGAGUUUUAGGAGAGGAAUUUUCGAGCCCAUCAGUGUACAUUUGACACAGUAUUAUGUUCAUAGUACAUUAGUGUUGAUGAACUCACAGGAACCUUUGGGAAUUUGUUCACUGCUGUUUUUCCUUUUAUGGGCAGACUUCCAUGGCAAAAACACAAUUAAUUUGGGGACUUUCCCAAACUAUGACACUACUUUUUCCCUCGCUACUUCCACCCAAUUUCUCUAUUUCUUUUUAAUUAAAAUGUCAUGUUGAUAUGAAGUCAGUGUCUUAGGACGAAUAAUUUUAUUUGCAUGUGCCAGUAUAUUAUGGGUAUGUUAAAAUGUUUCAGUUCACUAGAACACAUCAAGAUAACUUUGUUAAAGUUACAGGUAGAUGUAAUUGAUUGUAUGGUAAUUUUUGUAGCAAAAUUAUAGCACAUUUGUUGAAAUUUGAGCAAUUCAUAAAGUAUGUCAUUGCAGGAAGAGAACAUUUACAAAACAUGACUUUUUUAUGAUAGGCCUACGACUACUAUAGGCCACAGUAUACAAAUAGAAAACUGCUCAGAAAAUGAUGAUCUAUUCCAUCUGCUUGCAAUCUAUUUUCUGACAUCUAACACAUAUGUUUAAAUCAAAUCAUAAAACCACAGUAGAGUACCAAGAUGUGCAUACGGUCACCAGGGCAACAAUGUUUGUUGGGCCUGCUGCUUCUAAUCGCGAUGGCCGCUCGGAACCUUCAGCAUGGUUUCUGUUACUUGCUCAAGUCGUGUGAUGAAUGCCGCCGAAGCCCUCGGCUGCCAGGAAGUCAGACGGAUAGUCUGGUAAGCCUGCUUACUCGGACCGGUUUCCUUGUUUUUUAUGAUAAAGCGGGCAGUGUUCUUAUCACUGCACAUUUUUCAGAGCUGUGUUGGAGACAAAGUCCACAUACUCCCCUAUUGUGUGUGGGGAGGAUUAUUUUUGCUGCAAGCUUUCCAUGUUAUUGUAGAGGGCCUCGAGGUCCAGUUUCUCAACAAGACCAAGAGACAUGCAAGGCCUCUGUUUUGAAGACCCUCCCAGAAUUCUGUCCCACCGCUUUGCCGCCUUGCUGGCUUACCAGAGCAGUGUGGGUUCACUCCCAACACGUCCAUCGACAGCAUUCACAAAGGUUUUUUUGCACUCGAUGGAGCUCUGUCAGGAUGCUAAUAAAGGUUUGGGGGAUCUCACGGAAGAUUGCGGAACUCGUAGUUCUGCUUCACUUUACAAGUUCGUAACGGUGUCACUGACCUUCCCAGGUUGAUUUUCUGAAUCAACCUGGGAAGGUCAGUGACAUAUAGAAUAUUUUGUCAGGAAUGCCUUCUUAAUGCCACAUUGUUCAAUUCCUGAAUGGAUUGGGUGUGGUGUUAUGCUGGCAGGUCUGUGACUGUCGGUGACGAGAGAUCCACCAACCUUAACUUUCACGGUUCACUCCUUCGACUUCCGUUCACUUCCCACUCAGAGACCGAGUGAAUAUAGUGUAAGUGUGAUUGCUUGUCUGUCUCUGUGCCCUGUGAUUGACUGGUGUCCAGACCAUGGUGCAGUCUGUCUUUCGCCCAAUCAGAAUACACAGUAUAGCAAUUUGGAUGAAUGGGUGGACCAUUUAGUAAUAUUUGUUUGAGUCAAUGCUUGUCCUUGUUGCACUGAAAGCCGGUCUCGGGAGUCAGAGUGUCUCGGACUACAUGUGACCUGGUUAAGUGCCAAAAUCCAGGUUGACCUUUUGGUUACUGUUUCUAGCACUAUGUUAGUGAUUGGGUGUUUGGUUAACAGAUGAAGAGUUCUAGUAUUUCUGGUUUUGGUUUUAUGGUUGCUAGACCUUAGAUGUGGACUGGACUCCUUUGAGGAAAAUGCCCAUGUACAGAUGGCACAACUUUGUGUCAAAUAAUCAUCUUCUUGAGGGGACCAAAAUGGACCUUGUAUCGAUUGCAAACUAAGACCAUGUGGCAUGCUUUCUGAGAAUCUGACUUGAUGCAAAGACUUCCAGCCUUGUUAACAAAUAACCGGAACCAGUUUGACCUUCCUUUAGCAGCUUGCAUCAAAGUAUAUCACAAACAAAUACUUUUUAUUCUGGGGAAAUCUUUUUAAUUUUGAGUUGGGCAUUUUGUAGUCAUUUUUCUCAUGUUUAUCGAACAUUUUCACAGUGCAGUACCAUCAUUAUUAAAAACAACAACCCAGUCUUAUAAAAGUCCCUCUUUCAUUAUGUGUCUUUAAUUUCCAGACAUUGCAACACUGGCCACGGGCCAUUCAUUCUGUUUCAAAUCCUUGGCCUUAAAGUGGCCUUAAAAUUCGUCCAUAAAGGACGAAUUUAGCUGCAACGUGGUAGCAACACUAAAGCCUUGGAACCAGUUACAUUUUGGACUUGAAUCUUUUAAUCCAGAAAUGAAUAAAAUGUCUCCCACA